UCUGCAUCGCUUACAGUGUUUGCACUGUUUGGUGUUUUCAUUCUAGUGGUGGUUAUGUAGUGUGUGUGCGGGUGAGUGAAAAGGUGCAACUAGGUGCGUGUUUUCUUAAACAUCGCUGUAACCGAGAAUACCGAAGAUGUCUGCGAAAUAUGGAAAAUUAUGCUGUCUUCUAUUGUUAGAGCAUUUUGGAGAAAUCGUUGAAAAGGUUGCGUGCGAUCUUAUGAAAUGGGGUACAAAACCGCUCAGAUUAAUAGUUGCUACUACACGUUUACCUACGCCGAAGGUGAAGCAGGCCCUGCGGAUCCUUAUUCAAUAUGGUUUUGUAACGUUUUCCUCCAGCCAAGUUGCUUCUGUUGCUGAGUACACAGUGAAGCCAGAAAAAAUUAUAUUACUUCUUCGUUAUCCUAGGUAUCUGCUGUUAAUAAAGACAAGGUUCGGUGAUGAGGCUGAACUGAUCGUAGAGGAAACCUUAAGAGUUGGUCAAGACACAGCAUCAAGUAUCAUUAUUAAGGCAGCAACACGACUGAAAGAGACUCUGAAAGCAGGUGAUGGCAACUUAAAUCUGGUUACACUGCGUGACAAAUUUUUCCUUCUCAUAAGUAAACAAUUCCUGAUGAGAUGCCCAUCUGUUUCGGAGGAAGCAGAUAUCCCUGCCCUAAAAGUAAAGGAACGAGAAUUAUAUCUGCCUCCAGAACUGAAUAUGAAGGCUCUGAGUAACAUGGAAAAGCAAAUACAAGAUAAACCAGGAGAUGAUGGCAUCUAUUGGAGGGUAAAUUAUGAUAGGUUUCAUCAAGAAUUCAGGGACCAGGUGAUGGUUGCUGCCAUAGGUCGCCGAUUAGAUGAGAAUGCUGCAGAACUGAUGAAGCAUCUCUUAAAUCAGAUGUAUUUGCGCACAGAGCCGUGGGCUGCAACAUCAAACCCUAUUCCAUACACAGAAUUGAAAGAAGCCAUAAGAAAGUCAAAUACACAUCCUCAGUUGCAACAGUAUCUUGACCAAUAUCUGAAGAUGUUAGAGGAAGAUUCAAGUCAGUUCGUGGGCAAGGAUGGGGACAGCGGUGGAGGACAGUAUGUCCUUAAUAUAAAGGAAGCCUUCACUCAGCUGACUUGGACAACUAUUGAAAACACCGUUUUGGAACGCUUUGGUUCAAAAGCAGCAAGGAUAUUUAGGUUGGUUAGAGCAAAGGAGUUCGUGGAACAAGAACAAAUACAACAGUUGGUGAUGAUCCCAGCAAAAGAAGCUAAACUGUACACAUAUCGACUGUUGCAAGAAAAUUUUAUACAAAUGCAAGAACUGCGCAAGACAAUGUCUACAAAUCAGCCAAAUAAGACAUUUUUUCUGUUUCAUAUAGAUCUAAACCAGGUGGCAAGAAUGAUGCUGGAAGUGUGCUACCAUGCUACAUACAAUGCAAUGAUACGCAGGGAGCAUGAAAAGAAUGAGAAUCGUAGACUUAUUGAGAAGCAGCAGCGUAUUGCCUCCAUAACACAGAACUUGCGUGAGCAGGGAGCAACUCCAGAACAGUUAGCCGAGAUUGAAGAAAUGUUGACACCACCUGAACGCAGCCUGGUAGAGAAAGUCAGGAUGAUGCUGAAUAAGCUCAGUAUGGCCGAACUGCAGCUGGAUGAAACAAUGUUUAUAUUGCAAAUAUUUCUAAAUUACUGAAAUAAAGUUAUUUUGAAUAA